AUGACUACUAUGGACUACGAGACUUUACACGUGGCUCAUGUAAAUUAUCAAGAUAAAUUGGACGAGCGCGACAGAGAACUCGAAAAACUGCGCUACAAAAUCGCUGAAAUGGUUAACGGAGUCGCCCACUGUAAGGAGAAGGAGACAUGCCUCGCGGAGGACAUCGAGUUUGAAGAACGCGAAUUGAACGAGUAUCGCGAGCAGACAGCCAGGGUUCGAGAGGACGUCAAUAAGCUCCAUUUAAUUCUGAGAGAUUUACGAUGGGCUCACGACGAGAAGAGGCUCGAAGGCGGGCUGCUGAUGGCUCCACCGGUGCUGCGUGAGACGGAGAGGAUGAUAAAGUUGCUGGACGCCGUGAGGAACGACAUUGAGAUAAUCAAGCGCGAGAUUCACCGGUACGGCCCUGCGAACGGGAGGACGAAGAGGAGCAGCAAGGCACUGGCAAUGUCGACAAUGACUCAGGACAAACCAGAUCGUUUCUAA